AUGGCCCAGCUCCGCCUCACCGACUUCUUUGGCCGCACGAAGGCGGCCACCGGAGCCCCGGCCAAGCGUGGUGGCCGGCUUAAGGCCGCCAUUGCCUGUCCCCCGGUGCACCGGGAGGAGGAGGACGGUGCCCCGGUGGGGCUCAGCGCCCACCCGCCGCCGCUGCCCGCCUCGCCGCGCACCCCGGCCCGCGGGGGCUCGCCGGCGGUGCGGGGGUUGGCGGGAAGGAAGCGGAGCCGCCGUGAGAUGGAAACGGAGCCGUCGGCUGAGGUCCGGCCCGGGGAACCGAGCGGGAAGUCGGCGCGGAAGAGGCUGGAGCUGCACCGGGAUGCAGAACCGGGGCCGCCGGCCGCGGCCACCAGCCCCUCACCUCUGGCCACUGCUCGUCCCCCCACACCGCCCUCACUGGAUCUGACAACGGACCCCCCAGCCAGCAUCACCCGCUCCCCCGGCCGGGGGCAGGAUGGGGGGACACAACCCGGCACAGCCCCUCCGGGAUCAACCAGGCGUCUGCAGUGGGAGGACCUGGCCGAGCUGCAGUGCCGCCUGCGGAGGGUGACGGCGCUGGCCCAGCUGCCACCCGUCCCCGCCGGGGCCAGCACCGACCUGCAGAGCCGUCUGGAGCGAGUGAGGCAACUGGAGCUGCGGAUUCGUGAGAAGAAAGCGGGAAGCGGAGCCACGCCGGGAGCGCAGCCAUCUGGGGACACCGGGGUGGCAGCUUCUGUGGCAGAGGCUGGCGAGAAGGCCCCCGCGUACCAGCGGUUCCACACCCUCGCGCAGGACCUGCCCCCGGGGCUCACGCUGCCCUACAAGUUCAAGGUGCUGGCGGAGAUGUUCCGCAGCGUGGACACCGUCGCCGGGAUGCUCUUCAACCGCGCCGAGACCAUCACCUUCGCGAAGGUCAAGCAGGGGGUGCAGGACAUGAUGCGCAAGCAGUUUGAGGAGCGGCACGUGGGGCAGAUCAAGGCGGUAUACCCCACCUCGUACAGGCUCCGCCAGGAGAAGAAUAUCCCCACCUUCGGCAACAGCGUGAAGAAGUCUGACUACCAGCUCACGCUGGAACCGGUGCUGGGGGAAGAGGAGAAAGUGGACGGCCGCCCGCACUUGUCGGCGUCGCGCUUGCUGGAGCGCAGGAAGGAAUUCAACCGCAACCUGGUGAACAUCGUCAAGCAGCACCACAAGGCAUUCCUGGCCGCCCUCAGCCCUCCCAUGGUGGUGCCGGAGGAGAAGCUGACCCGCUGGCAUCCCCGCUUCAACGUGGACGAGGUGCCGGACAUCAGCCCGGCGGAGCUGCCGCAGCCGCCCCACGAGGACAGGCUCACCACGGCCCAGGAGGUGCUGAGCACGGCUCGGGGGAUGCUGACCCCCAAGAUGGAAAAAGCUCUUGCCAACCUGGCCUUAAGAACCGCUGAAGCCGGUGCGGGGGAACCGGUGGUUUCCAAAGCACCGUCCCCUGCCAGCACCUCCAGUGCUCUGAAAGGGGUGUCCCAGGCCCUGCUCGAGAGGAUCCGGGCGAAGGAGGCGCAGAAGCUGCAGGCGUUGAUGACGCGGGACCCGCGGCAGGAGGAGCGGCUCGCCAUGCUGGGGCGGCUGCCGGCCAUGGCCCGCAUCCUGCGCAACGUCUUCGUGGCCGAGAAGAAGCAGGCGCUGACCAUGGAGGUGGCUUGUGCCCGCAUGGCUGACAGCUACGACGUGCAAAUGCCUCCGGGCGAGAUGGAGAAACACUUGCGCCUCUUCGCAGAGCUGCUGCCCGACUGGGUGGGGAUCCACGCCAUCAGGACGGACACCUACAUCAAACUGGACAAAGGGAAGGACCUCGGCCUCGUCACGGAGAGGCUCACCAAGGCGGCAAAGGAGGCAGAAGCCCUCUGAGCUCCGCAAGGGUUGAGGCUUUCCCCGUGCAAUCUCCUCUAAAUGUAGCAAAUCCCAACUGCGGUCCGGGAUCUGGUGUGGAUUGAUGGGAGGCUCAUCCUUGGGGAUGUCUGAGGAAGAGCAAAACGCCUUAAUUUAACUAAUUCCUCUGCCGGGUCCGUGAGGACCAUAGCUCCCCUAACCCUCGAGCUGAAGGCAGGCAGUCCUGCGUCCUGGGGCAAUGAUGCAAGCGGUGAAGAGGAGCUAGUCACCUCUUCUCGGCUUUGCUGCGUUCUCCUGAAGGUUUGAUGCAGGAGGUUUCUCCUGAAGGUUUGAUGCAGGAGGUUUCUUCCAUUAACUGGGCCCUGGUGGGGUGCAGGCAGGACUGGGCAGGGUGAGAGGGUGACAGGCAGGAAGGAGUGAGAGAAGUCGUCACAAAUUUUGAUGUUUUUUGGAGCUCUGGGCCUUGUUCUGUUUUUAAGGGAGGGAAAGCGCAUCUCCAGUGCUCGCUGGAAACAACUACAGGACUUGUCAAAACAUAUUUGUAUUAAAUGUUUUAAAUAUA